AUGGAGGUUAAAAGUAAUCCACGUGGCAAGGCCGGUAUUGAUGACAGUGAGUUAAAUAAAUUUAGAGAUCAAAUGUUGGAAGCGGUUAAAAAUUCUAAGGAACUUUAUGAAACAACGUCAAAGGCCAACAAUCCUGAGGUCGAACAGGCGAAAACGAGUGCUAUUGAAAUAAUAGAAAGAGAGUUAAAAAAGAAGAAUUUGAAAGUUGAAGAUUUGGAAGAAAGGUAUCGCAAUUAUCAAGAGCAAAUUAACAGUUUGGAUAAGGUGUGGAGAAUUCGCUCUUUAAGGGAUAAAAUUACGACUUUUAUUCGUCGUCAGAAAGUUAAUUACAAUAAGAAUAGGGAUGUCAAAAUUAAUGAGUUGGGAGACAAAGCAGGCGAGCAAGAAGAUAGAGGUGGAGAAAAAGUUGGUGGUCAGCAGCCAAGGAGUAAUCAAAAUAACUCCCAAGGAAAAAAUAAGUUUCCUGAGAAACAAGAUACAGAUGGAGGGAUAUAUCAACCAAAUGAAACAAGUGUUGAGUCUGAAUUUGAUAGUUGGGAUAGUUUAAGCAAAGAAGAAUUAAUUGACGAAAUCAAGAAAAGUAGAUCGGAUAAUAACCGAUUACAAAAAAUUAUUAUUUCCUUGGAGACUAGGAUUAAAGAGUUGGAGGAAGAAAUUGCUGAGUUAAAAGCAGAAAAAGCCAAAACUAGUGAAGUUUCGGAACAACAAGAAAUUAGUCAGGAAAUUCGACAAAAAGAACUUAAAUUACAAGAAUUAAGGAAAAGUUUGAUGGAAGUUAAUGGCAAAUCUGAUGGGUCUCCUAGUUCCCAAAGUGCUAAUAAUUUUCCGACAAGUUUAUUGGUGGUAGGUGCG